AUGGCCUCUCGUAUGGCAACGGCUGUCGUGAUGCUGCAGCUGCACCGCUUUGUGCAGCCGCAGAACCUUCGCAAGGGGGCUCCUAGCAUACUCCUGCUGGCGAUCCUCUUGCGGGCAGCGGCAAAGCUAUGCAUCUCCCGCCGAAAGAAGGCCGUGCUGGGCGGCGAGGCUCCGUCUCCGCUUAGUGACAUCGGCGAACUUGAGCACCUGGAGGACGAAGAGGCGGAGGCGGGAGCUGUGCUGCUGCAGGCCACGCCUCCGGCCUGUGCGUCAUGUGGCAUCAAUGGCAGUGGCCACAACAGCACUGUCUGGGGAGGUUCCACCUUUGUAACUAAGCUGGGCAUCUUCUUCGUCCUCAUUGUCUUCUACACGAUGGCCUCCUACUACGCCGGCAUCAUCACCGCGCCUCUGACGGAAGCGGCCUUGAACAAUCCCUGGGUGACCGGUCUCAGCCUGGAGACGUUUAACAACAAUUGGUUGCCCCACUACGACUCCAAGACGAACUUCGGCGUGGUGCUCAGCGUCUUCUUCCCUUGCUUCACCGGUAUUCUCAGUGGUGCGAACCGCGCCGACAUUCUCCAGGACCCACCGAAGAACAUCAAGGAUGGCACCUUUGGGGCCAUCAUCUUCAGCUUCUUCAUGUACUCGUCCUUCUUCAUUCUUUGGGGAUGUGUGGCCGACUACCGCUACCUGCAGGGUAAGGAGUACUAUGCUGGUUCACCGGACGACGAACCCCACGGCGACGACCACCACCGCCGCCUGGCCGGUGGGGCGGCUGGCGCCCACCUUGUUGAGGAGAUCGUGUGGAAUCCCUUCCCGCACUCCGCACAGAUCGGCAUCAUCAUCUCGUCGUUGAGCCAGGCCCUACAGUGCCUCAUCGUUGCGCCGCGACUGCUUCAAAACAUCGCCAAGGACAAGAUCCUGGGCAUUUUCGACCGCAUUGCCCCGCUCUCCAAGCACGGCGAGCCGGUGCGAGCCCUUGCUUGCACCUACGUCUUCGGAGCCCUCUUGGUCCUGAUCGGAGAGGUCAAUGCCGUGGCGCCGUUACUGACUAUGUGCUUCCUGGUGGCCUACACCUUUAUGAACUUCUCCUGCUUCGUGCUCACCUGGGUGCGAUCGCCUGGCUUCCGCCCGGCAGGAAUGUCGCGCAAGCGCUGGCGGUGCUGGUACAUGUUCACCGGCCUCCUGGGCUCGGUCGUGUGUCUUUCCAUCAUGGUCCUCGUCAGCCAGUAUUGGGCGGUGGGCGUGCUGUUCGUGAGCUUCUGCCUCUACCUCUACAUCAACUGGCGCCUGGAGCAGCGAGAGUGGGGAAGUGCCUUGGAUGGCAUUCGCUUCCAGCUGGCCCUCAACUCGCUGAUCCAGCUGGAGGAGCGUGGACAUGCGGCCGUGAAUUGGCAGCCCCAAGUGCUGAUCCUCUACCGGAUCCACCUCUCAGAGGAGCUGAAGGGCAUCAAGCACCACGAGAUCCUUCGGUUUUAUUCCCACCUGAAGAAGGGGAAUGGCUUCGCUGUGGUGGCCUGCGUGCUGGAGUCUAAGACCCGAGAUGAGCAUGCGCUGCACAAAGCCGGCAUCGAGAAGGAUGUGAUCAAGAGCAAGCACGCAAGCCGAGGCAUCAUGAAGGAGGAAGGGAUCCAGGGCUUUGCCGAGUGCGUCGUUGCCCCUUCCUGGUCAGAGGGCGUGUGCCCUGGCUGCCCGUUGUUCCCGAAGUAG